CGCCUUGUCCUCGUCGCUGUAUCAACUGGACCUCCCUGUGUACUCUAGCUUGUAUGAUUAUGCAGCUGCCUGCAUUUCUGACUGGAUUGUCCGCUCGCGCACCCUGCUGUCACCAUUCGCGCCUUCUACUUCUGCGCAGUCUCCGCACGCAAGCGCAUUACGACUAUGUUCCUGAGGACGAGAGUCAUAAUGCCCCGUAUAACUCAAGACCAGCUGGACUAGCUACCCCAAGACAGCUUGUCCAAUAUCUAGACGAGUUUGUCAUCGGUCAAGAGAAUGCUAAGAAAGUGUUGUCGGUGGCCGUCUUCAACCAUUUCAAUCGGGUGCACGCGAAUCUGUCGGCCGUGAUCGAGCAUGAUGAGAGCGCGGAUUGGUUGGACACCGCAAGAGAUCAGACACAAUCGGGGGUCGCACCUGCACAUAUACAUCCUCAUCCAAAUCGCUUCUCCCUACACUCUGCGCUGCUUAGGCCCCGUCACCCACUGCCAUUGUUUGAGAAGAGCAAUGUGCUGGUGAUAGGGCCCACUGGGUCUGGCAAAACAUUGCUUGCAAAGACAUUGGCUAAGGUGCUUGAUGUCCCAUUCUCCGUGAGCGACGCCACCUCUUUCACCCAAGCAGGAUAUGUGGGAGACGACGUCGAUAUGUGCAUCCAGCGGCUGCUGCAAGCUGCAAGCUGGGACCCAUAUCGUGCUAGCAUGGGUAUCGUGUACAUUGAUGAGAUCGACAAGGUCGCCAGGAAGACUGGUAGCGGAGGCAUGGAAGGUACACGGGAUGUCGGUGGCGAGGGCGUACAGCAGGCCUUGCUACGAAUGAUGGAAGGAACAACUGUCACUAUACAAGCGAAGGGUGCUGGUGCUGUCGCGCCACCAACUGGCGGCGAUGGUCGGUCGCGGCCUGGUCAGCGGCCUUCCAGCGUAGCUCCGAGACCGGACGCCUUUUCUAUUGACACGUCCAACGUGCUGUUCAUUCUCAGCGGCGCGUUCGUCGGGAUGGACACCCUCAUCAAGCGACGGAUUGACAAGGGUUCGAUAGGUUUCACCGCCAAUCUAGCGUCAUCAUCAGAGACCAAACCGAGCAAUGGCCUGCCCUUUUUCACGCCCAACAAGAGAUCAGUCCCGAAUGUCUUGGAUCUCGUUCAGCCCGACGACCUGGUUAAAUAUGGCUUCAUUCCCGAAUUCGUCUCACGGGUGCCUUCUCUCACCACACUUGCACCACUAACGCCAUCGGACCUGCGUCGAGUGCUCACAGAUGUCAGGGGAUCACUGAUAUCACAGUAUACUGCGUUGUUCGGCUACUCUGGAAUUGAGAUCAGAUUCACCAGUGCAGCGCUGGAUGAGAUCUGCCGCAAGGCAGCAGAGAGAGGUGGCGGGGCGCGGGGACUGAGAGGAAUCAUGGCAAGUGAAACCUUGCUGCUCCAACCUAUGUAUGAAGCCCCUGGAUCGACUAUCCGGCAUAUCCUGAUCACGGAGGACGUCGUUCAGGGGAAGCAAUCCGCUCAAUAUUGGAGUAAAGGUGAUGGACCGGCGUUCUGGGAGGCAUGGGCGGCUGCGGAAGAAUCUUAUACAAGACGAAAUACACACAACGAUAAUUAG